GCGGGUCCCGACCGAGUCCCCCGGGCAGCGCCCGCUGCCCCCGCCGGCCGUAGCGCUCGUCGCUGGGGGUGCCGCCUGGCCGGGCGGGGGCGAAGGGCCGGACUGUGCGCGAUUUCUCUGCGUCAAAAUUUCGCCGGGGUGAAAGUGCAUCAGUUGUGAUUGUGUUCUUCUUGUGCAGUAUUUUGCAGAGGAAUGCAAGCUUCAAAGACUGAAAACAGAAGAAAAGCAGAACCAUUCUACUGGCUGUCAGUGGCAAAGCCUAGGACCAGUUCUGAGAUUGUAAAUGAAGCCAGAGAUGCUCUACAAACAGUAAAAACUCCAAGACCAUUUACACCUACAGAUGAGCAAAGGAAACUUUCUGGGUCUCAAUCCUCACGCUGUCCUCAAAAUAGACGCCCUGUACUUUUUAGUCUUGAUACAUCCAGUUCUGAUUCAUCUGAAUCAAGACCAAAUUCUGGUGUUCGUCUAAGUCCACUGACUCAUAAACCAGUAGUAAUCAUUUCUGAAAAAAAAGAUGAAGUUUCUUCUGUUUUCCAUCCAACACCUCCUGCUGAUGCUGCAGAGCUUAGAAAAGUCAGCAGAGCUUGCAAAGGCUUAUUUAGAGCAACUUCUCUGAAAGAUUUAUUUUCUGCUAAGGUGGUUCCUCUGGAUCAGAAUGAAAUGAAACUUGAUUUUGAAGAGCCAACUAUGAUGAUGAAUAGUCUUGACAGAAGUAAUAAUAACUGCUUAGCAGAACAAAAGUUGUGCACAUCAUUUAAUGAUGAGAGUAGACAAUUAAUUUGUAAUGAACAUACCAGCAGAUCAGGAAGUGAAGACUCCAUGGAAGGGACACCAGGAAACUUUUCACUUCAGCUGCAAGGAGAAAGUGACCAGAUAGAAGAGCCUGGCAAAAAGUCAUCACAGCUGAGGACUUCAGGCCAGAAGAGAAGAGUAACAGGCUUAACAGAUGAAACAAGAAUAAAUGAAUGGGAAGAGGAAGAUUUCUUUUGGCAUACAAGGAUUCUACCAAUUCUGCGUGAACUGGAAAAAAGAGAAGAUAAUAUAGAACACCUUUGUCUAGCUUGUACCAAGCUCCAUCAAGCAUUGGGUGAUGGAAAUAUGCUUGGAAAAAGAUUUAAAAGAAGAAACAUCCUUCUGAAGACGUUAUAUAAACUUGUAGACAUUGAUUCAGAUCCACUUUCCCUGAAGCUGGCAAAGAUUAUUCUGGCUAUGAAAGUAGAUGGAAAAAAUCUUGUUAGUGUUUGCAAGCUAGCAUUUAAAAUUUGUAGGAAUGAAAACAAUUAUUUCAUCAUUCAAAAUGAUACAUUGUUGGAUUAUUUGUUGCAAGUUCUGUGGAAUGAAGAUCUACAAACAAACCAUGAAGCUCUCAUCUAUUGCAUGGCAGCUCUAAAAGUCAUGUCUGAAAAGGAAGCACUCCGUUUAAAAAUGGUCAGCAAAGGAGCUAUUGAAAUGUUUCUGGAAUUAAUGAAGCAGAUUAAUAACAUAAAAGAACAUGACACAUAUUUCUCCAAGCUGGGCCUCUUAUUAGUCCAGCUGACGGCCACUCUGCGCAUCCUGGCCAGCUGCGCCCAGGCGCGCCGCCAGCUCAGCCCCAGCGCUGCCGUCCCCCAGCUCUGCGUGGCGCUGGAGCAGCGCAGCGGCGACAAGGACCUGUGCAUCUGGAUUGUCAGCGUCCUCAGCAAACUUUCUACCUACAAUGACUUCUGUGCAGCUUUAGCAGACUGCUCCAGAUGUUACAUUGUAUUUUUAGCCCUGCUAAACAAAUACCAGAAGCAGCAGGAUUUGGUUAUCCGUAUCAUCUUCAUUCUUGGGAAUUUAACAGCAAGGAAUGACCAGUCCCGGGAGCAAUUUUUUAAAGAAAAAGGAAGUGUUAACACCUUGACAUCCUUAUUCCAAACCUACUAUGAACUUGAUUUGAAUGCACCGACAUGGCACCAUGAUAGAAAAGGAAAAAGCCAACCAAAGUAUCCUUCAGAAGCAGAAGAUGUUCUGAUAAAACUGAUCAGAGUGCUGGCCAACCUCUCCAUUCACCCUAGAGUAGGUGCAGCUCUGGCAGCUGCCCAUCCUCUUGUAGGAUUACUUGUUACAGUACUAGAAUACAAGUCAGUCGAUGAUUGUGAAGAGUUGGUCAUCAAUGCUGCAACAGCAAUCAACAAUUUGUCCUACUAUCAAGUGGAGAAUUCUGCAGUUCAGGAGAAGCAGCUACACAUUGCUGAAAUGCUUUUAAAGCUGUUAAUGAGUGACAAUAUGGAUGCAGUUGUGGAGGCUGUCAGAGUCUUUGGCAAUCUUUCUCAGCAUCAUGAGAUCCGUGACUUCAUCAUGCAGAAAAAGAUCUACAAGUUUGUGAUUGCUUUGCUCGAUUCCAAGGACCGAGAGGUCUGUUUUCCUGCCUGUGGAGUUCUGCUCAAUCUCACAGUAGAUGAGAACAAACGAGCUUUUCUCAUGGAAGAAGGAGGAAUUGGAAAGUUGAUUGACUGCUUACAAGACUUUGGGCCAGCAGACUGGCAGCUCUCGUGUUUGAUCUGCAAAACCCUGUGGAACUACAGCGAGAAUGUGGCAAGCACAGCCUCCUGCUUCAGAGGGAGCACCAACACCCUGCUGAUGCUGCUCACAGCACUUCUGGAUGAAGAGGUAGAGUUGGAGUGCAGCCUUGACAAAGAUAUAAAGGACUGCCAAAGAGUAUAUUGGGAAAGAGAGUUCAAACCCGUGGCAGCAAAACUUCUUGACAGAAUUCAAAGCCAUCACUCUUCCAGCUGAGUCUAUCACUCCAUUUUAAUCAGUUGGGGUGUUUUUAUCAGGUAAACCAUAUAUUUCUAAUAUACCUGUACAUUGCCAGUAGUAAGCUUGUUGGAGAGCAUGACUAUUCUAAAAAAAAGUCAGAAAAGCCUGGCAUUUAUAUACUGGAUGCUGUCUUCUGAAGAGCUUGUAUGAAAUCUUUGCGUGUGUAAUUACUUUUUACAAUAUACCUGAGCUGAUGAAGCAGCUGUUCAGUGUGACUUGUCUAGUAAUUGCAUUGUUUCUUCACUGGAAAAAUAUUUGCUGAACGUCUGAUUUUUAAAAAGUAAGUUAUGAGUGAGUACUUGGACCUCUGUGGUACCAAAAAUGUUGUGCAAACAAAUGUUAUGUGACAGGAGCCACAUCUCACCUACAGACUUUGACACACUUUUACCUUAAGGAGCUUCUGUGACAGAGUAACCUGGUGCUGGUGGGGCAUUGUCCUGUGCUCCUUCAUGACCCUCACUCUUCAGAUCGAACACUGUUGGUGGUCAGGGAAAGUCACUCCCUUUUCCUUCUGACACUGGGGGGUAGGGCCUAGGGUAUCCCAGCUAACCCAGCUGCUGCCUUGGUGCUGGUGGGAUGUAGGCCCAGCUGUGCUGGUCUUUCUGGGAUUGGGAAUUCCCAUCUUUAGGCAAAGCACCCAUAUCCCUGACAUAAGAGAAGAUUUUACCUUUUUCAGUUGGUCCCACACUCCCAGGAGCUGCCUGUGUGCUUCUACUUCUCAGACUUCUUGGCCAGCUGUCUCCCCUGAACCUGUGUCUCCAUCUGUGGGGCCAUAACAGCCUCUUUCUCCCUGUUCCCCCUGCCUGCUGCUGCCUUGUUUAUUGCUCAGUUUCAUCCUUCCAGCACGUAAAAGUCCCUGUAGCCCAUGGAUUAGCGCAGCAGGCGCAUUGCCGGCCUCGAGCAUUCCCAGCCCGGUUGGCCACAGGGAGCUGCACAGCCCUGACCCAUUUCUCUCUCUGCUGACCUCAGAUUACUGGAAUGAGCAGCUGGGCAGGGGCUGCCAGGCUCCUGCUCCCGUGGGCCAGCAGCAUCGCCCUGGGCCCUGCAGCACCAGCAGCUCCAGCCUGGCAGUGCUGCAAGAGGCUGGAGAAAUGUGUUGGGAGGCAGGGAUUCAUAGCUCCUCCCUCAGUGGAACUGCUCUCUCUGCCUUUGGUAGUGCCCAGACCUCUGCUUCCAGGGGAGGAGAGAGAGGCUGGGAAGUAGCACCAUGGUAGAAGGGCAGCAAGACUUCUUUCCUAGUUUAGAUCCCUGCUUUUAUGGGGCAGGAAAGGGAGAUUUCAUGGUCCAGGUUUUGGGAGUGGUGAGGAGGAAACUUCAGUGAAAGUGAUAAAAUUUGCUCCAUUCUUUGUGUCUCAGCUGUUCAGGUGUUACUUGUGCCCAGCAAGGUUCAGCCCUGCUUUGGGAGCUUGUGUGGUGGCGGCCUCUGUCACAGAGGCUGAUCCACAGGAGAGAAGUGCUCAGCAUUCUGUGUGGUUUGGCUCCAACAACAGCUCUGCUCAGCUCAAAAAUAUCUCAAUU